GGUGGCAGUGCACUUGCCAAUUCAAGCAUCCACAAAAUUUCUAUCGUGUAUCGCCAUCGACGUCGACGAAUCCCGUUAGUUUCAGCAAAAUGGCUGAAUACGACCUCUCAAAAACGAUAAUAUCGUAUCUGGAUCGUCACUUGGCGUUUCCACUGCUCGCUCACCUCGUGGAGACCAAGCAUUUCCCAGUAGAACAAGUUCAGGAAGCCCAGUAUGAGCUUGCGAAAGGCACGAACAUGGUGGAUUAUGCGCUCAACUUGUUUGAGCAGCUUCAUCCUGAUGAGGAGAUUCCUGCUGAAUUCUCUGGCAAGCGAGAGAAAGCUGUAUCAACAAAUGAGCGGUUGCAACAGGAGGCUCAGGCUGUUUUGGAUGUGAUUGAAAACCCAGAGGUCGCACAGGCACUGCGCCAGGAUAAGAACCAAAAUCUGCAGUAUCUUAAGGAUAACUACAACCUUACACUGGAGCAAAUAACUGCGCUAUACAACUUUGGCCAAUUCCAAUAUACGUACGGAAACUACAGUGGUGCUGCUGACUAUCUUUACCAUUUCCGCGUCCUCUCAACUGACAACGAACUCAACACUUCUGCGCACUGGGGCAAGCUCGCUUCCGAUAUCCUGAUCGGAAAAUGGGAUACGGCCCUCGAGGAACUCAACAACUUACGAGAUGUCAUCGACUCGCGUGCCCCAUCAUCGCUGCUGACGGCUUCAACUGAGCCUGCAGCACUUACCCAACUACACUCCAGGACAUGGCUCGUUCACUGGUCACUUUUCGUCUACUUCAACCACCCACAAGGGCGGGCGCUCCUCCUGGAAACUUUCCUCUCCCCUACGUACCUGAAUACGAUCCAGACGUCCUGUCCAUGGAUUCUUCGCUACCUGGCAACAGCGGCUAUCCUUUCACGAAAAUCGUCUGCUGGUGGCGCAGGUGCAUCCUCCCGAGUGCGGCAUUCGAUACGUGAGAUUGUCAAGGUGAUCCAAACAGAAGAGUACCAGUACCAAGAUCCCGUGACGUCGUUCUUGAAAGAACUUUAUGUCAAUUUCGACUUUGAGGCCGCACAGCGCGAACUGGUGCUUGCCGAGCGGGUCAUCGGCGAUGACUUCUUCUUAGGAGAUUUCCGAGAAGAAUUCUUGGACAACGCUCGUUACUUCAUCAGUGAAGCAUACUGCCGUAUACACCAGAGAAUUGACAUUGGCGACCUAUCUGAGCGACUUAACCUUUCCCGAGAUGAAGGCGAGAAAUGGAUUGUCAAUCUCAUUCGCGAGACUCGUAUGGGUGCGGAUGCCAAGAUCGAUCUCGAAAAGAAUGUGAUUGAGAUCCAUCGCACCGCCCUACCGGUUUAUCAAUCAGUCAUUGAGAAGACACGCGGUCUGGCUUUCCGUACGCAAGCCAUGGGAGCAGGGAUCACUCGUUCGCAACAGGUGAGUAGUCAGAAGAAUGAGGCCCAACCUGCGGUAGUGGAGGGGGCACGGUGAUGUUGAGGCAGUAUGCAGUGUAGUAUGUACCUUCUUAAUUGGUGUACCAAAAGCUUUUUAGCAAGCAUUCUCUGUCUUUUCCCUGCUAUAUAUGCUUCACGGUCCAGCCUCACGAGCAAGCACUGCUUCGGAUUUGUCGACAAUUGUUCCGAGUUAUUUGAUUCAUUUCCUGGAACUAAUGUCUGAAGGUCUUCCUAUUGUUGUAAACAGUGUCCGAAUGUAGUACUACUAGCUACGGUAAACAUCCAUCACUGGAGCGAGAGUAUCUUAUAAAUAGUGUAGAGAGGGUACUGAUAUCACGUUAGUCCUACGAGCCAGUGGUGCUAUUACUAAAAAAACACAAGGAUAAACAAAGCGAAAAGUGCGAUAGCUAGCUACUUAUAUAAAAAGGAAAUUUAGUCCGACAAUAGCAAACAGCGUCGUAAACGUGCAUGAGAACGCAAGCACGAGCCUCGAGACACGCAGGCUCUCCCCGCUGCUCCAACCGGGAGGCAAGCCGAGAGUCACCGAAGGCUGCGAGACGUGCGAGGUCGAUGUAUAUACGGCGCCAUCUGCAUUAGUCACAACAAACGUCACCACAUCCUCGACCACAGGCAGAGCCGUUGCAUUGAUGAGGCGCGUGCCUAUGAUCUCACUAUAUGUACUGGUUGCGAGUCCGGCAGUCACGAUUUCUCCAAGAUAUGCAGGAACGGAGGUAGCGAAUGUGUAGGGUGGUGUUGUGUAGGUUGGUGUCGAGAGUAGGUAGUUAGGAAGCGUGGUUGCUACGGUGGCAGAUUCGGAAGAGAAGAAUGAAUCGAGUGCCGCCACAGAUUCCACUGGCGCUGAGGCGUUAUUUUGAGGGUAUAAUCCGAUCAUGGGAGGUUCUUUUGAAUCAAUGCCAUAACUGUGAAAAUAUAGUUAGCAAAUACGUUACCCUCUGAAUGAGAACGAUCUACCUGAAAAUAGAGUAAACCGUUCGCAGAAAAGGCGUUCCUUAAGAAGUAAUGGUAUGAAUAUGAUCAACAAAAACGUUUAUCUCUCGGCGUUACCCUACCUAAUUGCCAAUCAACGCCAUCAGAGCUCGGUGGUAAAGCUUUU